CCCGACAUCUUCCACACCAUGACCUCGCACAAUCCCGCCGCAUCCGACCCUCACCGUGACCAAGACAUAUCCCAUGAUCAACCAACCGAAAGCGACAGCAACAAUCUAGACGACAUCUGGGCCUCGGACGACCAACCCACCACCUACUCUCACCCCCACCCUCACCCUCAUGGUCAUCACCAACAAUACUACACCCCGCCGCAAGAAGUAAGCGACAUCCCGCGCCUCUCUCAGGCGCACACGACGGCGGGCUACCGCGACGGCAUCACGCUCGCCAAGGCUCGCACCGCGCAGCAGGGUUUCGACGAGGGCUACGGCCUGGGCGCCACCAUCGGCGCGCGCGCCGGCCAGCUGCUCGGCGUGCUGGAGGGGCUAGCGGCAGCCGUCGGGCUGCAUGCGCUGUCUCUUUCCUCUUCCUCCUCCUCCUCAUCCUCCCCCUCCUCCUCAGAGGAACUUCCACCAUCGACCGGGACUGAGACUGGGUACUAUGAGGGGAGUCCACCACAGUGGACCGGGCGGGACGAGGCGAGGCGGAUCGAGGGGUUGCUGAAUGAGGCGCGGCGCGAGUUGAGUGUGCAAGGGGUGUUUGACGGGGCGUUUUGGGCGGCGGAUGGGAACUGGCGGUAUGAUGUUGGGGGCAGCGGCGGGGGGUUGGGCGAGGACGGGGUGGUGUUUUCGGACGUGGCCGAGGCGCAUCCGCUGCUGAGGAAAUGGGGAGGGAUUGUGCGGGCGGAGGCGGCGCGGUAUGGGGUGGAUUGGGAGGUGUUGAAGGACGAGAUCAGAGAUGUGAAGAGUGGGGAGGACGAGGAAGACGAGCGGGAACGAGAGGAAAGGGCGAGGAAGGAGAGGGGAGGGCAGCCGGCUGCGAGGGGGAGGGAGGCGCUUGCAUGGUAAGGGAAAGAGGUGAUUUUGCGGAUGAGCUGGGCGGUCUGCUGGCCACUGGUCGCCAACGGAAAGCCAUCAAGGUCUUGGGCGCAUUACAGGCCGACGAGGAAAGCAUGGUUCCGGACGUUGCAGCAAGUGGCAGAGGAACUAUUGGGGAGAUGAGGGGCUGGAGGUGCAUUGCAUUUUUGGAGUCAUAGGGCAUUCGCAGGCAAAAGGAGGAUUAUUGAUAGAGAUGAGACUGCAAAGUCCUGUUAUUGGACUGUAUUCCGUUUUGCAUACCUGGAUUCGCCACAAGAGAACCUAGGUAUCAAUUGUUUGAGCGU